ACAAAACGGCAAACAGGAGGCGUUGAACAAUGAGAGCGGAACUCGUCGAUAUGCGCAGCUUUCUUCUGCGUUUGGCUUGUUGGAUGGGGAGGGGAGAUGGACAUUCUUCCAAUACAGACAUUAGCAAGACCAUCGUCGUAAAACUAUGGACAGUAGGUCGCUUUCAUCAUGCUUUUGGUUGUGCAUGCUGGUUUGUGCAUGGACUGGUAUUGGUGUGCAGGCACAAGUCUUUGAGGUAACUGAGACCCUGCUGCCAUCACCUCCAACCCUUCUUUCGCCGACUGCCAUACCACCAGCUGUCGCUACACCGCUGUCGUCCACUGUCCUCCAACCGACUCGGCCCCCGACUGGUCGCGUUCCCACCACUCCGGUACCCACACUUACCAGACCGCUACGAGUUACAGUAAACCAAGCCGCACCCUCAUCUGCUUUACGCAGCUCCGCUACUGCCCAGCCGCAGGAUGCCGUUGCGAAAGGACUGGCCGAGUUGGCCCCCAUUAUUCAACCCAGUAUCAUAGCGGCACCCAUCUUUGUCGGCAUCUGUAUCGUGGGACUCAUCAUGGCUUGGGCAAGUGCAGCAUACCUUGCCCGGCAUCCGCGUGAAAUGUGGCACAAGUCUCUCGAGGCUGCUGGAGUCAUGGUGGAUGAUGGAUUCAAUGAUUCAUUGAGUGAAGGAAGCCUUCCACGACCCAUAUCUUAUUUUCCAAAACAUGAUAAGGCACUCUUGCCCUCUCAGGUUGCUCGAUUGCCUGUUCCUACAAAUACAAUGGUGCGCCCAGCUGGUGCGCUGACACCAUGGGAGAAGCGAAAAUCGCGAAACUCUGUCCUUGUGGCAGCCGUGUCCAGAAAGGGCUUCUUCAUCGCUAACGAGGUACCUUCCAUAUCGGCACCAACGCAGGACAGGAGAGGGUGGGAGGAGACGCCGGUCCCUCCGCCGUAUCACCGUGAGAGAGGACAAUCGGACGUGUCACCUUACUCGGAAGAAGUCCCGUUACGAGAUUUCCCUCAACAACCAGAGCAAACCAGACCAGAGCAAAGGAAAGUCAAUUUCCAGCAAUUGCCGCCCACUCGACUGCAGCGGUCUUACUCGAGUCCACGUGAACCCAUUCCUCGACUUGCGACACUACCACCACCUGUCUCAAACGCUCAACCAGUCUCCCCACCCCGUAUACCAGCCCGAGCGCCUGCUCGAGCAGCCACUAUCGGUCCGACAUCCGCAGGGCGGUCCAACCGAACAUUAAACCGUCCUCCACAAAUUCCAACCCGUACACACGCCUUUAAUCCAAACAACACUGCUGUAUUUGGCCUAACGAACGAACAAGCGAGACAGAAUGUACAUAUGCAAACUCUUGUACGGACUCAAUCUAGGGCGGCAACCGGUCGACGAAGAGACAGCUGGGGGUCUGACCAACGCUUGAUUUAAAUGUGCUGGCAAUACUCUUAUGGAUAGAAUGUGGGGUUUGGCGGCUGGUUAUACGUUUGAGUUGGCUCUGAUGUCUUGAAUUUGGGACCUAAUGUAAUUUCUUUAUUGGCAGUAGUCUGUUGAAUUAAUAUAAUAAGUGUGGCCCUGGUUUCAAAUGC